CUGCCAGCCGCUCGUUCGGCGCUUCAGUCUGCGAGAGUCCGGUGGUGGGUGCGGAGCCUGCGUCUGUCCUCGCGGCCUCCUCCUCCUCCCCGUUCCCCUCACCCCCACCCCACACCCCUCUCCCCAUCCCGGCUCCGUCACCCUCCCGCCCCCCACACUCAGGACGAGAAUGCCCUGCCCGGAACAACCCAGCAGCGCCUAGAUGGCUUUGGUCACGGUCCAGCGGUCGCCUACCCCCAGCACCACCUCCAGCCCCUGCGCCUCGAGCUCUCAUUUGGAAGACAGUGAAUCAGCAGCAUUACUUUGCUGUGAAUGUGAAGAAUCAGAAAUCUUUAGUGAUUCCAAUGAGGCAGACAGUGGGGAAGAGGAAUGCCGCUCACAGCCCAGGAGCAUCAGCGAGAGCUUUCUAACUGUCAAAGGUGCUGCCCUUUUUCUACCACGAGGAAAUGGCUCGUCCACACCAAGAAUCAGCCACAGACGCAACAAGCAUGCAGGUGAUCUCCAACAGCAUCUCCAAGCAAUGUUCAUAUUACUCCGCCCAGAAGACAACAUUAGGCUGGCUGUAAGACUAGAAAGUACUUACCAGAAUCGAACACGCUAUAUGGUAGUGGUUUCAACUAAUGGUAGACAAGACACUGAAGAAAGCAUCGUCCUGGGAAUGGAUUUCUCCUCUAAUGACAGUAGCACUUGUACCAUGGGCUUAGUCCUGCCUCUCUGGAGUGACACCCUAAUUCAUUUGGAUGGUGAUGGUGGGUUCAGUGUAUCAACAGAUAACAGAGUUCACAUAUUCAAACCUGUAUCUGUGCAGGCAAUGUGGUCUGCAUUACAGAGUUUACACAAGGCUUGUGAAGUGGCCAGAAUGCAUAACUAUUACCCAGGAAGCCUAUUUCUCACCUGGGUGAGUUAUUACGAGAGCCAUAUCAACUCAGAUCAAUCCUCAGUCAAUGAAUGGAAUGCUAUGCAGGAUGUGCAGUCCCACCGGCCUGACUCUCCAGCUCUCUUCACAGACAUACCAACUGAACGUGAGCGAACAGAAAGGCUAAUUAAAACCAAAUUAAGGGAAAUUAUGAUGCAGAAGGAUUUGGAGAAUAUUACAUCCAAAGAGAUACGAACGGAGUUGGAAAUGCAAAUGGUGUGCAACUUGCGAGAAUUCAAGGAAUUUAUAGAUAAUGAAAUGAUAGUGAUCCUUGGUCAGAUGGAUAGUCCUACGCAGAUAUUUGAGCACGUGUUCUUGGGCUCGGAAUGGAAUGCCUCUAAUUUAGAGGAUUUACAGAACCGAGGGGUGCGGUAUAUCUUGAAUGUCACUCGAGAGAUAGAUAACUUCUUCCCAGGAGUCUUUGAGUAUCAUAACAUCCGGGUAUAUGAUGAAGAGGCAACGGAUCUCCUGGCCUACUGGAAUGACACUUACAAAUUCAUCUCUAAAGCAAAGAAACACGGAUCUAAAUGCCUUGUGCACUGCAAAAUGGGAGUGAGUCGCUCAGCCUCUACUGUGAUUGCCUAUGCAAUGAAAGAAUAUGGCUGGAAUCUGGACCGAGCCUAUGACUACGUGAAGGAAAGACGAACAGUGACCAAGCCCAACCCCAGCUUCAUGAGACAACUGGAAGAAUACCAGGGCAUCUUGCUGGCCAGCAAACAGCGGCAUAACAAGCUCUGGAGAUCUCAUUCGGAUAGUGACCUCUCAGACCACCACGAGCCCAUCUGCAAACCAGGGCUAGAACUCAACAAGAAGGAGAUCACCACUUCAGCAGACCAGAUUGCUGAGGUGAAGACCAUGGAGAGUCACCCACCCAUAUCCCCUGUCUUUGUGGAACAUGUCGUCCCACAAGAUGAAAAUCAAAAAGGCCUGUGUACCAAAGAAACAGUGAUCUGCUUGGAGUUUACUUCUAGGGAAUUACAUGCCGGACAGAUUGAAGAUGAAUUAAACCUAAAUGACAUCAAUGGAUGCUCAUCAGGAUGUUGUCUCAAUGAAUCAAAAUUCUCUCUUGACAACUGCCAUGCAUCCAAAACCUUAAUCCAACCUGGACAGGCCCCAGAAAUGGCCAAGUUCCCAGACUUAACGGUUGAAGAUUUGGAGACAGAUGCUCUGAAAGCAGACAUGAACGUCCACUUACUGCCUAUGGAAGAAUUGACAUCUCGCCUGAAAGAUCUCCCCAUGUCCCCUGACCCUGAGUCACCAAGCCCUCAACCCAGUUGCCAGGCUGAAGUCUCAGAUUUCAGUACAGAUCGCAUUGACUUUUUUAGCGCCUUAGAGAAGUUUGUAGAACUUUCCCAAGAAACCCGGUCCCGAUCUUUUUCCCACUCAAGAAUGGAGGAACUGGGUGGAGGAAGGAGUGAGAGCUGUCGUCUGUCAGUGGUAGAAGUAGCUCCUCCUGAAGUGACGACUGAUGACCAGAGAAGCAGCUCUUUGAGUAAUACUCCCCAUGCAUCUGAAGAGUCUUCAAUAGAUGAGGAACAGUCAAAGGCAGUCUCAGAACUGGUCAGCCCCGAUGUUUUCAUGCAGUCUCACUCAGAAAAUGCAAUUUCAGUCAAAGAACUCGUCACUGAGAUUGAAUCCAUCAGUCAAGGAGUCGGACAGAUUCAACUGAAAGGAGACCUCCUAUCCAACCCAUGCCAUACACCAAAGAAGCACACUGUCCAUGAGCUGCCCCUUGAGAGGGCACAGGUCCUGGAGAGCAAACCUGGAAAUCUGGAGCAGAAUGAGGGUUCCUGCACAGCCCAGCCCGAACCAGCCAAAGACUCAGGGAAGUGGGACCCAGACGGCUGCCUAACCACACACUCAUUCACCUCAGAGUUGGAAGAAGAGGAACCAGCUGAGGGGGAGCAAGAGCUCUGGGGCCCAGGGAUGCACCCAGGUGCCAAGUGGUGCCCUGGGUCCGUGAGGCGAGCCACCUUGGAGUUUGAGGAGCGCUUAAGGCAGGAGCAAGAGCACCAUGGUGCUGCCCCUGCUUGUACCUCAUUGUCCACUCGCAAGAAUUCCAAGAAUGAUUCUUUGGCAGACCUAGCACCAAAAGGGAAGAGUGAUGAAGCCACCCUAGAACAUUCAUUUGUUCCCAAGGAACCAGAGAUGAACAAGGGCAAAGGGAAAUGCAGUGGGUCUGAAGCUGGCUCACUACCCCAUUCUGAGCAAAAUGCCAUUGUUCCAGCACCUGAGUUGCUGGAGUUUCGCCCCUUGCCAGCUCCUCAGGAGGGCCCAGCGUCAGAUACUAGAACAAAGCCGGAAGGAGUUGUGAAGGAGCAGGGGACUGUGGUUUCAUGCCAGGGAUCUGAGACACAGGCAGUCCCUCUUUCCCUUCCCAAGAAGAUAGAAAUCAUUGAGUAUACCCACACAGUUACAUCACCCAGUCACACUGGGCCAGCGGGUGACAUAGCCACCAGUGAAAAGAGUGGGGAGCAAGGACUGAGGAAAGUGAAAGUGGAGAAGUCCAUCACUGUCCUCUGUGCACUGGAUGAAAAUCUGAACAGGACUCUGGACCCCGACCAGGUUGCUCUGCACCCCGAAGUGCUACCUCUGCCUCAUUCUUCCUCUCCUGAGCACAAUAGGCCCACCAACUCGACCUCCACCCUGAGCAGCCCCAAAGACUGGGGCAACAGCCCAGCAACAGCCCUGAAGACAGCAGCACCUUUUGUUAGUCACACAACCCACGUACCAUCUGCCAACUUGGAUUACCUGCAUCCCCAGACCGUGGUUCAUCUGCAAGGCUUCACAGAGCAAAGCAGCACCACAGACAGUGAGCCCUCUGCAGAGCAGGGUAGCUGGGUGGGAAGUCAGGAGGGUCCCCUCUCCAGUGGCAAUGAAGUGCCAUACAAAGGCUCCCAGUUAAGUAGUGAAGACCUAAGUUUAAAUAGCAAACUUGGUGACAAGAUUAGGGAGUUACAAGAAAAACUGGACCCAUCACCUGUAGCCUGUCGACUCCCACAUAGCUCUAGUAGUGACAGUGUACAGGGUCUCAGCCAUAGCCCCAGUGUGGUAAAAGAGCACGCUAAAGAAAUCGAGUCCCAAGCCAUUUGCCAGGUAGGGCUCACCAAACCCUCUCAAAUGAGGCGUUCAGCUUCCCUCGCCAAGUUAGGUUACUUGGACCUCUGUAAAGACUGUCUACCGGAGAGGGUGCCUGUCUCCUCUGAGUCCCCUCAUCUCAAAUUGCUUCAGCCCUUCAUCAGAACAGACUCAGGCAUGCAUACCAUGGAGGCCCAGGAGCCCCCAGAAAACUCAGAUGCCUCCCAGAACCUAGAGCCCACCAAGUAUUUUGUAGAGCAACUCAAAACAGCAGAGUGUAUUGCACAGAGCAAGCCAGUGGAAAGGCCCCUUGUGCAGUAUGCCAAAGAAUUUGGUCACAGUCAGCAGUGUUUGCUCCCCAGGGCAGGACCUGAAUUGACUAGUUCUGAAGGAGGCCUUCCUUUGCUACAGACCCAGGGACUGCAGUGUGCAGGCCCAGCUCCAGGGCUGGCUGUGGUGCCCCGUCAGCAGCACGGCAGAACUCACCCCCUUAGGAGACUGAAAAAAGCAAAUGAUAAAAAACGGACAACGAACCCCUUCUAUAAUACCAUGUGAUUCUGAGCCUACACGUGUGACUUUCUAAAAGAAAUGUUUGUAAAAGGGGCAGGUGUAAUAUAUAAGGAACAUGCACUUUAUUGGUUAAUUUUAUAAUAUUUUUGUCAUUUUACUGUUCUGGCGCAUGCAGGGUUUGGGUUUUUUUCUCUGUGUGUGUGUGUGAAAGAGAAAGAUUGAUUUGGACGGCAAGACCAUUUUAUCAUUUUUUAUUUUUAGAAAAUUGAAACCUCAAAAAAGACUCAUUUUCAAAGAACACCUUUAUCAAAGGCAAAUUGCUGUUUUUCAGUCAACUGCCACCUGCUCCUCAUUUUGCCCUCUGAGAAAAGGCAUGCUUGCCUGAUUGAAGAAGGAAGCAGAUGGGGAGGGUGGGGAUGAAGCUGGAAAUUGGAAGUGCUCCCUGGGCCUGUGUGAUGAUGGUUUGGUCUCCAGACCUGAUGCAUUGGAUGGGCUGAAGGGCAGCCAGACGGCAGAGUGCUUUCAGCCAGCCCAUUGGAGUUCCUGAAGUGGGCAGGUUCUUUGCUUUCAAAGGGGGUCUUCCAGAAUCCAUUUCUUCUCAUAUUCCAGAGUAUAUCAUUACAGAAAGACAUGAUAAUGGCUGGCUUUCUAAACUUAUCAAGCAAAUCGGUUUUUUCCAAGCAAAUAAUUUUUAAUUAAAUUAAAAGUGAACCCCCCCCUGAAUGAAAUCUGAGAGGUCCUCUGUAGAGGAAAGCAUAAGAGAAGGAGGCCGUUAAGUCGGGGGUGGAGAGGUUGCUGCCCAGUAUCUUCUGGGUCACUGGGCUCCCCACAGGUGGUCAUUCUGGCCCUCCAGCCAGGAAACGUGCUCUGCAGCAUCCUCUCAACCAAAACACAGUAGGGACAAGUUUGAAAAACAGCAAUUGAAAGUCAGUGUGUUCUUAUAAAAUGAAUACAUAUGUAGGGUUUUAACCCUUCCAUUACUUGAAUAAUUCUGUGGGCCUUCUAAGUUUAACGGCCAUAUUUUUUUCCAAUUUAUUUUCCUCCCUCAUGCUGUUUCUCCCAGUGCUGCCUUUUUUUUUAAUUUCAUAGAUGAUCUUUGAAUUGUUACAUAUGUAUAACCUCCAUUGAAUGCAAAGUUUUCUUUUCUAUACUAUCACUGUUAACACUUGACAUAAGUUCUUUUUUCUUUUCCUGGAAGAUUUGUCAUUUCUCUAGUUAUACACAGUAUUUAUGUACAUAAUGUUGACACUUUCUUACAAUGUUUUGUUGUUGACGUUGUAGGGUCUUUUUGAUUUAUUCUUAAGAAGGAGUCAAGAUGCAACUGGAAAACACACAGAUACCACAGACAUCAAACUGCUGGGUGUUGGUAGGAAUCUGCAGAGUAUAUUGAUGGUGGUUUUAAUUGUUUAAAUGGAGACUAAUCACCAGCUCCUGCCAAAUUAUGUGUUAGUAACUUCCUCCUCAGAGAAACCCCUAAAGGCUCCCAUUAGAUCACAGUUUGACUGAAGGCUGAUUGCUCUUUGAGACUGAAAUCCCAGAACGUUAUUUGCCCAUAGCUAAACCACAGCCAGGGAGUGUGUACGGGUGUUCCUGCUGCCCAGGGUGGAAGCUCCUAAUGGAUUAGGCUGAAAAGCUGCAGGGAGGCCUCGGCCAAGGGCAGACACCCUUAAUGAUUCCAUUCAGGAUGCUGUAGCUUUGCUGCUAUUGUGGAGAUCCUUAACACAGGAGCACCUGCCACAAGUCUAUUUCAGCUUCUUACAGAAAGCAUAUUUAGCCUGGAAUGAAACACCCUGUGCAGCUCCUCACAACUGAAGAGGUCUGCAGAUUUGCUUUCUGUUUGCUUUGGUUGAUGUCCACAUUGCUGAGAGAUUGACCGAGUACAGACUUGAGAUUUAGGUUUUUGGUUCAUCACAGCACUGAGAGGAAAAGACAGAUACACAAACUGUUGAGGUGAUGUCAGAGGCAGGAGUUUGGUGGGGGCAGGUAGCAGAGUGACCCAAAGGAGAGAGAAAAAGUGGACUGAGGCCACUCAGGUGCUCAACAGGAGCUAUGAAUCCAGUUGCCGUAGAAGCCGUGGUUGGGUCUGACAUCACUGCCAGGAGGUGGAUUGGACAGAAACUUGCUAUAAGUGUCUUUGUGGUGUAGUAAUUAUAUGUACUUGUGCUAUCCCUAAAUAGUUUCCUUAAAUGUUGAAAUGUAUCAUCCACACAGCUUUGUGAUUCCUGGAUAUUUAAUGUGUUGUAAAGUGUUUUGUUAGGUGGUACGUACCAGUGUGAGGAGGCUUGCAAGACAGGGUUAUGAAUUUCCAGGGCUCAUCCAUCUAAACUGCCCUGUCUUGUUGAGGCAGUUCCACCACCAAUAUGAUGGGGAAGGGAUAGGAAAUAGUGGCAGGGGUGGGGAGAGGAGGAUUUGCAUGGAAGUGAAGAGUGGGGUCUCCACUCAUGUUAACCCCUGGAGACGGCAACAUCCCUCACAUUACGAAGUACGAGCAAGAUCAACAGUAUUGCACUGUUCUCUCUCCUCCCCUGCCACUGUGUUUAAUGCUCACUCUCACCGCAUUAAAUAACAGCAAAGAUGGGGAGGAAACCCUCUAAUGCUGUGAAGAAAAACAAACUUUUUUUUUAAAGAGUAGAGGAAACGGUCUUGCUCUGCCUUCCUUUUUUUAACUUUUUUUUUUUUUUUGAUCAUUUAAUUUACCUGGCUAAAUAAACAUUCUCCACACAGGGUCUGUAAUUCAGUUCAGCCAUGCCAUGGGGUUUUGCCAGCCCUCUCAAACUCCCACAACUGAGUGUCCUUAUGUUAUUUACAUAACAGCGAGAUGUCUGAGGAAAGUGUAUGAUCAGCUGUCAAGGACUUUCCAGAUUUUCUUCAAACUUUUUGAUAAUCUCAUGUGGCCUGUUUCCCAUUUCUGUUCAUGGAACACUCAGACCCAGAACAGCAGGUCUAGUAGAUUGACAGAGAUGAAUAGAAGAAGUCUUGACCUCUUAGUGCCUCUCUCUAGCUUUAUUUUGAAAACCACCGUAGUCUGACUCUAAAUUACUCUGGAGAAGUGUGUGUGUGUGUGUGUGUAAAAAGAGUAACGUUUUGGUGCGUGGGGUAGGAGCCCCAGGAGCACACAGGAUUUGAGCUGUAAUCUGGGUAGUUACCUGGUCAGUAGGAAGGAGAGAAACCCCAACCCUUUCUUGAUUUUAGAAACACUUGGGGGUAGUGUAUACUGUAGUAGACAUGUAGUACUGCAGUGUAGUAACAUUCUUCUCUCCUCAUUUUGGUUGCCGUUCAGAUUCUGAAUGUUUGGGAUGAUUCCUAGCAUCUCAGCCUCUUCAGGCUCUUUAUCUAGCAUUUUCCUGGUUCUGUACGUUUAUCCCAACUGUUAUUUCCUCUUUCUCGUUUUGGGAACCACCAAGAGCUCCAAGGACAGCCUGAUGUUAACAGCACAGGCUCUGAGGUCCCUUCCUGUUAAAGGGCCCUAGACAGAUGCUGUUGGAUAGACCUGAAGCUUCUGAGAUGUAGCAGCUCACAGCAACAUUCACCUGUUCCAUCUGAGGGUUUCAGUUCUGAAGUGAUCUAGGCACAUUUGGUAAAGAUGCUUUUGUGGGAGUUAUUUCCCUUUUUUUUUCUUUUAAGAAAGAAAGCAUUAUGCAAAAAAGGUUACUUUUAAGGGCAUUUUUAAAUAAAGCCAUUCUUUGGCUUUUUUGGACAACUAUUUGUGGAUACUUUGUUUACAUUGUGAGUAUUAAAACGUGCAUCAUCUUGAUGGCUACUCAGUCUCCUCCUUCUCCAGGCUCCCAGCCCUGGCUGUCCCGUGAGUCCUCACAGACAGCAAGGCCAUCAUGGUCACCCUCCAUGGGUCGGUGGGGAAACCUGGAGCUGACUUCUGUGUUCUGCACUCCCAUCCAACACUCUGUAUGGAAAUAGUUGUCAUUUCCUCGGUGAUGGUGUGUCUUAUAGUGAUGGUUGUAAUGGUGAAUGGCUAGUGUCAUUUUUGUUUCAUUUUGUUUUGCUUUUUGAUGGUAGAUGAGGUGAACUUUUAGCUCUUUCAGCACCAAUCCAACUCAAAAGCAUCUUGGACUUUGUUUUCCCUUCCAAACUAAAAGAUCAGGCAUGUAUUAGGCAUAAAUGUAUGUGCUGCCUCAACUCACCCGACACCUAUAUUAGGAAAAAGCCUGCCACCAAAGCAGAAAGCUGCACACUCCUAACCCUUCUCCCAGACUCGGGGACUUUUGAUGCCAUGGAGAGUGACUGCAAGGUGCUUAUGUACUUUUCCAGCCUGGAAGUAGAGGGUGACUGGGCCUGGCUCCUCCUAUGAAAAGAGAACCAGCCUCAUUUUCUCAGUGCCCCAGAGAUCUAGGACAGGAUUUCUAAACUGGAAUCAUCCCUCAUUGGCUUGAAGAUGCCCCAAGGUGGGGUAUAUGACUAGUGCUGCCAUCUUUGUCCUCACAGCAACACUGGUGGCAGCAUCCUGUAUACACAUGCAGAGCUAAUACCCAGGGCUUAACUUGAGCUGAUGACCCAACCCAAAAACUGGGUGACCGGCCCUGAAAUAUUUCCCAACCAAUAAGCCCACAGAGAAUUGUUUGGUUUUUGUGUUUUAUUGGAUUUUGGUUUGCUUGGCAUAGCUUAAGGUGCCUUUUCUUUUUUUCUACUUUAUUUUGUAAGACUUGUUCUAAAUGUGGAAAACAAGUCCAAAAGACUCCCACUGACUGUUACCUUUGCCCCAGGCCACCCCAAACUUUUAUGCUCACAUUUUAUUAAAUAAAGCAGGUGCUCCCUGGAGUCUCUGGGACCUUUCUGAGGCAUUUGAAGCAGAAUAUAAAAAGUGGUCUCAUCUCCUUCCUUAAUCUUCCUGGUGGUUGGGAUGUUCCACUUGUAUCAUAGAUUUUUUUAUUACUGAUGUGCUCCGCUGUUUUUAAAUGUGAACUUGUGCGCAAAUGUGCAGACUCAAUGUUCUUGUUACAGAUUGAAUAAAUUUUUAUUUUGAAGAUGAAA